UGUAACUUCCGUCGCCUGGGCGGCCUCUCCAAAAUGGCGGCGCCCAGCGCUGAGGAGAUUUCCAGGCAGCUGAGGCCCGGGAGGAGCAGCCGCACCCUCUUGGUGCGACACCUGCCCUCCGUCUUGACGGCGGCGGAGAAGGAGGAUCUCCUCAGGCACUUCGGGGCCUCGUCGGUCCGAGUCCUCUCCGACCACGGCAGGCUGAAACAUACAGCUUUUGCUACUUUCCCCAAUGAAAAUGCAACAGCCCAAGCUUUAUCCAGAUUACAUCAGCUGAGCCUUCUUGGCCAUACACUAGUAGUUGAAUAUGCAAAGGACCAAGACAGUGCUCGUGCUCUUAGUCAGUCGUCUUUAUCUGAAAAGGAUAAAAGCCUUGAAGAACCAGUAAAAGAAGAGAAGGAACAGAAAGAUGUAAGCAGCCUCAAAAUUGAAAGUGGAAUUGCUCCUAGCCAUGGGUUAACGUUUCCCAUAAAUUCUUGCCUCAAAUAUCUAUACCCACCACCUUCAAACGCCAUCUUAGCUAACAUAGCAAAUGCCUUGGCAAGUGUACCCAAGUUUUAUGUACAGGUUUUGCAUUUGAUGAACAAAAUGAAUCUUCCUCCUCCUUUUGGGCCAAUUACUGCUCGACCUCCCACGUAUGAAGAAUAUAUCCCUUUACCACCACCUAUUCCACCAUUGCCUCCUGAAGAGCCUCCUUUACCUGAAGAAGAUGAGAGUCAAGAUUCUAGCAAAGAUGAGUCAGAAUAUGAAAGUGCUGAUGAAGAAGACAAAGAAAGGUUUACAAAACUGAUGGAAUUAGCAACUCUUCAACCAAAACGGCAGAUGCCAACAAAACAGCACCGCGUGAGAAAAAAGAGGAAGAUAAAAGACUUAUUAAACAGCUCCUUAGUUCCUUCCACCAGUAAUUUGCACCCAGCACUCUCGCCUUCAGAUGUGUUCGAGCAGCCGCAGACUGUAGGUCUUAAAAAAAUUGAAUUUCACAUUUCGGCUGGCACACCUGCUAUUCUUCAGCAAAGCUGGGAGAAGGAGCACAAUGAUGCAAUUGACGAAGUAAAUAAUGCAGGAUUUGGAAAAAUCUUUCCUGCUCCCAGUUCCAACCAUAAAGACCAGAUGGAGGAAGAAGAAGAUGAUGAAAUACCUUCAGAAUUCAUUUCUAAAAGAGAGCUAGAAAAAGGCAGAGUAUCUAAAAAAGAAAUGGAAACACUUUCUGUCUUCAAGAACUAUGAGCCUGGUGAUCCAAAUUGUAGAAUAUAUGUGAAGAAUCUCUCUAAACAGGUUCAGGAAAAAGACUUGAAGUUUAUUUUUGGAAGAUAUGUUGAUUUUUCAUCAGAGGUUGAACGAAUAAUGUUUGAUAUACGCUUGAUGAAAGAAGGCCGCAUGAAAGGACAAGCAUUUAUUGGGCUUCCUGAUGAGAAAGCAGCUGCAAAAGCCUUGAAGGAAGUAAAUGGAUAUGUUUUGUUUGACAAGCCCAUGGUGGUUCAAUUUGCCCGAUCAGCAAGGCCUAAGCCAGAUUCCAAAGAAGAAAAAAGAAAAGACAAGUUGAAAAAAACCUGAAGCUGUUCUCUGAUAGAACAAAAUAUGUGUAGAAGACCUUCACCUCCCCGUUGCCUGUACUCAGCAAACAACUGAACAGCAUUGAAGAAGAAGCCGCUUCGCGAGCCCAGUUAUCUUUGUAGGGCUGUGGAGCACUGUGUCCCUUGCUUAGCCAGCAUGGAAGCUGACUGGGGUCAUGUGGCAGGUUGUUUUACUUUUAGUCCCAUUUCUGUAAGAUUAAAACAUUAGUCUGGAUCCAACACUAGAGAAAAAGAGCUAGGUUGGGUUUAAUUAUUCAUAUUGCUUUAAAAUCGAAUGUUUUGAUUAUUCUUAACCAAAAUUUAUUUCCACAAAUGCUGUCUAGUAUAAUGUUGGCUUUUGCAUUUGAAUUCUGUUCUGCAUGGGGGAGGGGUGAGUUUGUUCUGGUCUGAGAGUGUUUUCAUUUAUUUUAUUAUCCAAAAUGCUUUUCUUUGUAUGUCAGUCUUUGAGGCAAAAUUGAUCAUUGCCAUAAGUGGAAACGGGAUUGCCACAGAUUGAAGAACCGGUUUAAACGCUGACACUUUAAAGUUGUAUUGCCUUCUGCUGUGUUAAUGACCUCCGUAACUUAAUCUCAUGUUAAACUGAUGUUAUCUCAUGUUCAAUACUGGGAAUGUUGCUUAUUUGUCACCAAACAUAGCUAGUACAUAUGGUUGCUUCCAGUAUCUCUUCCUUAGCACAAGUUCAGGGAAACCCUCCUGGCCC